GCAUCAGAAAACAGAGGAAUUGGCUUAAAGGAACAGGACUGAAUAAUAAACAGUUUGAUUUUGAACUUUAGAAGGGCCUUAGUGUUGUACAGCCAUAAAGGAUUUUAGAGUGUUCAGAUCGUCCACCGUUUGUCAUAUCCUCAGAUUACGAGGGUCAGUGACAUUACCUCGGAGCGUUUCUGUGGCUGUUCCAUCUUACAGUACAUUUAUCAGCUGGGCUAAGAGAGAAGAUAUUGGGAAGACUCAGAGGUGAAGAGCAGGCAGCGGACAUCACAGCGUGAGGACAGUGUCUCGGACCACACUUCCUCCAACUAACACUGCAACUGUCAUACAGCUGGUUUUAACCAGGCCAGUGAUUACGUUUGACCCAAACUUUACCGUCUCAGGUGUGGGGAGCCAUUUAGUCACGACAGACAGACAUUACUGAGACCCUCCCGCCCUUCUCAAGAGAAAACAUCACUUUUAUAUCCACACCUGUUACCAAACCCCAGCAGAUUCCUUCGUUAUACUUUUAGUUUUGUAAUCACUGAGCAAACCCUCUCUCAUGGGAGUAACAUAGAGACUAGCAAAGACACUCUCUGCUCUCUUUCGCUCUCGCAUUCACACACUUGUCUGCACCGUGUUCAGGAUGCCUUCCUCCUCCAGCGUGAUUAGCUGGGGAAGGACUCGGCUCUUGUGGUGAUUGGAGGGAGGAGCGGAGCGGAGCUGGACCCAUGUCGUGGAAGCGGAACUACUUUGCUUCAGGCAGCAGCGGGCUGCAGGGGAUGUUUAACCCACGCACCAUGACCUCCAUCGCUCCCAGCAAAGGCCUGAGCAAUGAGCCGGGUCAGAACAGCUGCUUCCUAAACAGCGCACUGCAGGUCCUUUGGCAUCUCGACAUCUUCCGCCGAAGCUUCCGGCAACUGAACACCCACAAGUGCAUGGAGGACUCGUGCAUAUUCUGCGCUCUGAAGAGCAUCUUUGCCCAGUUCCAGUUCAGCAGUGAGAAGGUGCUCCCAUCGGACGCUCUGCGCAGCGCUCUGGCCAAAACCUUCCAAGACGAGCAGCGCUUCCAGCUGGGCAUCAUGGACGACGCGGCCGAGUGUUUCGAGAACCUCCUGAUGCGGAUCCACUUCCACAUCUCGGAUGAGACCAAGGAGGACAUCUGCACAGCCAAGCACUGCAUCCCACAUCAGAAGUUUGCCAUGACACUUUUCGAACAGUGUGUUUGUAAUAAUUGUGGAGCCACGUCGGAUCCUCUCCCCUUCAUUCAGAUGGUGCACUACAUCUCCACCACCUCUCUCUGCAGUAACCAAGCUGUGCGAAUGCUGGAAUGUAAGGAAAAGCCCACGCCUGACAUGUUUGGAGAGCUUCUCCGCAACGCCAGCACCAUGGGUGACCUGCGAAACUGUCCGAGUAACUGUGGCGAGAUGUUGCGGAUUCGGCGGGUUCUGAUGAACUGCCCGGAGAUCAUCAGCAUCGGCCUGGUGUGGGACUCAGAUCACUCUGAUCUAGCCGAAGACGUCAUCCACAGCCUGGGCACGUGCCUGCGGUUGGGUGAUCUGUUCUACCGUGUGACGGAUGAGAGGGCCAAACAAUCGGAGCUCUACCUUGUGGGCAUGGUUUGCUACUACGGCAAGCAUUACUCCACCUUCUUCUUCCAGACUAAGAUACGCAAGUGGAUGUACUUUGAUGACGCACAUGUGAAAGAGAUCGGACCUAAGUGGAAGGAUGUGGUCUCGAGAUGUAUAAAAGGCCACUACCAGCCACUUCUGCUGCUGUACGCUGACCCCCGAGGGACGCCCGUGUCAUCGCAAGACAUGCUGGCAGCACAGCUGGACCUGCACCACAGUAGCAAGGCCGGCUACGACAGCGAAGACUCCGGGAGGGAGCCCUCAAUUGCAAGUGACACACGCACAGACUCUUCCACAGACAGCUACAGCUACAAGCACUCUCGAUCACACCAUGAGUCCAUGGCCUCCCAUUUCUCUACUCACACUCAUGUGGUGUGUAAUCAGGACAGCAGCGGUUCCCAGAACAGCAUGGACACUGCAGGGGAGGUUCUUAAAGACCAGACCACUCCCCUUUGUACGCCAAGGCCCUCUUCUACUGGCCAUCUGCAGGACUAUAAAGAGACUGUGAAUAUGAUCCACAGCAGACCCCUCUCAUCCUCCUCAAGCUCAGGGGUGGGCGGCUCAGAGGCUGGGGCGCGGGCGAGAGAUUGGGAAGACGAGAGCACCAGCAGUGAGUCCAAGUCCAGCUCCAGUGGAGGGCGCUAUCGGCCCACAUGGAGACCCAGAAGAGAGGCCCUGAACAUUGACAGUAUCUUUAGCCGGGAAAAGCAUCGGCCAGCCGGCUAUGCCACGCUUGGACAUUCCCCGCUGCCGGAAGACCCGAUGUCACCAGGGCACAGUGAGCUGGUCUCAGGGGCUGCGGCAGAGGGGUCAAACAUUGCAGCAGCAGAGAUGGGGGGCAUGACCGAUGACCGCUCAGGGGGUGUGCCAGAAGCAGAAGUGGAGCAUCUACCGAUCCCACCACCUUUAAGAGGCGUGGAACAACAGCCUCGGCUGAUCCAGAGGAUGGAGAGCGGCUACGAAAGUAGUGAGAGGAACAGCAACAGCCCCAUCAGUAUGGACAUGCCCCUCAGCGACAACCCAAGCACCAGUGCUCACAGGGACAGCGGCAGUAAGAGACCCGUGACUUCUGGGCCCUCCUGGCGCACAGUGCCCAAGUCCAAAAGCAGCAGUGCCAUACUGCAAGACCUCAAAUCACCCACCUGGAGCAGCAGUCCACUGAGUUUGGGAGAGGGGCGCAGCGAGCUGGAUGAAUUGCAAGAGGAAGUUGCUCGCAGGGCCAGGCAGCAGGAGCUCCAGAGAAAGAAGGAGAAGGAGAGAGAAGCAGCGCAGGGCUUCAACCCCAGACCCAGCAAGUUCAUGGACCUGGACGAACUUCAGCACCAGGGGAAGGGGGGCAGUUUUGAGCACUGCCUGGCGGAGGCUGACUCUCUCUUAGAGCAGUCACUGCGCCUGGAGCAAGCUGGGGAUACAGCUACAGCCCUGGCGCUCUCCCACCAUGCUGUGUCUAAACUAAGAUUUUCCAUGCAUGAGGGCAGUGCUAACACUCAUAGCAGGACUAUGGCUGCUGACGCCAAGCUGCAAAAAUGCAUGAGGAGAGCACGGGGCCUACAGCAGCGCAUGCAGCAACAGCAAGAGCAGCAGCAGGAGCCCCGCCGCCCACAGGGGCCCACCAGUGAACAGCCUGGCCCGGUCCAAGUAUUGUUGACAGACAAUCAGGAAGAGGUCUGGGAGACCAAUCAGGAUUUUGUGCUUGGCCCACCCUCUCCUCAACACAUGAAAUCACCGUCCUCUUGUACAAACACCCCAUCUCAGCCUUCUAGCCACCCAUCGCUCAAUCCCCGGCCUGCCUCUUCUCAGCCACAGCCCCAAGACCGUGAUGAACACAACAAUUGGACAACCCAGAAUGAGGACGAAUGGGGUGGCAUCAGAUUAUCAGAUGUUCUCCAAGCAUCAGGCAUUCGGAUCAUGCCCAUACGCAAGCACCUUGCCAUAUCUUUGCCCUCUUUGCCCCUUGACUUCUGGGGUGUAUUGGGAGAGGCAGAAGAGGUCUCCAGCUGUCAGCAUCCUCAAUCUCUAAAUCCUCCUUUGUGGCAGGGCACGGCAGAUAGUCCAGACCAGAUACCCCAAUCCAGCAAUCCCAGUCCACCACCCGUCCCUGUUGAGGAGAAGGGGCCAGUGUCCCGAAGAGCCCCCAUAUGGCAACCCCUGUGUGCAUCUUCCCAGCCCUGCACCAAAUUGACCCCUCCAGUUGCUGCCCGUCAUUGGUCCUCUUGGAGCCUAGACCGUCCUGAUGCUGUUGUCAACCCUUAUAACACACCUCCUGAUCAGAACCAGCAGACAGGACCUGCCCUCUCUCAACACACACCUGGAAGACACCUUGCUUCUCACAGUCCCAUGAGCACCAGGAAGAAGAACAUCCCUAAGUACUCAAACUUCCAGGGCAUGGAGUUGGAACCCACAGAGGCCGAGGACCAGGAACUCUCUGAAUUGGACUCACUUUACCAGGCUAGUCUGCAGGCUGGCCCGGGUCCUGGCCGAGCCGUGCGUGCUACCAGCUCACCUGCUGUUGCGAGACCAGUACCACCUGCUGCACGAAAGCUGCUCACUGGAGUCGGACGCUCUCGGACUCCCACGGCUGAACUUGAGAGAACCGCUUAUGGACCGCCAGGUUGUUGCAGCCCUACUGGUUACAUGAACAUGCCCCUGUCAGUGGCCCAUCAAGAGCCUCAUUCAGGAGAGGAAGACCAGUAUGAUGCGGAUCACCUGCGCCGUAUUGCUCGCAGCCUGAGUGGAACGGUCAUUGGCCGUCGCCAGAACCGUCUUGCCGUCUCCCGAAGCUUUCUGGGGGACUCCGGGGUUACAUCAUAUCACAACUCCAUGUACUCACCUAGUUGCCUUCAGUUUCCAUUGUCUCAUUCAGACCAACCCAGCUAUCUUCAUCUCCUUCCAUCAUCUUCACCCCCGUCUCAGCAGCCUGGGCCUUCCAGAGGGGCCCCAGGACGUCUCCAGAGGUUCUCCGAGUUUCUGGCUGUGUUUGACCGGCGUCAAGCUCUCUCCAGUGGGAAGCACUACGGUCCAGCAGUGAGGUGUAUUGGAAGACAUCCUCUCUAAAGCUCUCACCCAACCAAUUGGCUUUGGACCAGGUCCUCCAGCCCUGGAACAUUUCCACAGAUGCGUUUGUUCCCCUGGAUGACCCCUCUGCACACCCCAUCCCAUUCUUGUCACAGUUUCCUGGAGAACUGGAAGGAGCACGUCCAGAGACCUGAUGCCAUCCUCAAUCACCCUGCACUUUGUAUUGUACCUGGGAUGACGCCCUUAAGUUACCCUGCUAUAGUUGGUAAAUCUUUCCAUGCAGAAGCCCCUGAAGCUCGAUCCACAGCAUGACGGAAAGAGACACCAAAACUAACUUUUCUUUUUAUUUACGAGCUCUGGGAUGGCGUGAUUCUUUGGGGCUGAGGUGUGUGUGUGUAUGACUAACCUAUAGUCAGACUUGCAGCAUGCAAUGAAAGGAGCGUGGUGUUUAGAUUUGGACUCCCGCAGUGAGCCAUCCAACCCAGAGCACUUAACUUAAUUAACCCCAACAUUCAAUUAAUUGCAGAGGAGAAGCAUACGGUACCUCCUUGCUGCACUAGACGGUAAAUGUGUGUUUGUGUGUAUGCGUGUGUGCAUGUGUUGGGUGGUAAAAGGGGAGGGGCUUAUUGUAACCCUGCCCUCAUUUAUACUACAGGUCAAAAGUUUGGAAUGAUUAAGAUUUUUUAAAUAUUUUAAAUAAGAUGUCUCAAGUGAACAAAAAUACAGUAAAAGCAGUAAAAUUGUUAAAAAUUAUUACAAUUUAAAGCAUUGUUUUU